GUGGGGUUUUAUGGGUUUUUUUGGGUUAACCCAUGUACACCCUUAGAAAGGCAGCAAGGCCAAAAGCAACAGCCAAUAGAGAACCAGAAGACCAAAAGCCAACACCUCCUCAAGCUGCUGGACUCUAUUAUCUUUAGUCACAAACGGUGCAAUGGAGCCUGUUGAUUCAGAAAAAGCUGUUGGUAAGAAUAGCUCCGUUUCUCUGAUGAUUUCCAACCCUAAAGUGUUCGAUUGCUGCAUUUGUUUUCUACUCUUGAGCAUUCCAAUCUUUCAGUGUAAAACUGGUCAUAUUGUUUGCUUUACCUGCUGUUCUAAGCUUGGGAACAAGUGCGACAAGUGCUCAAAAUGCAUUAGCUUAAAACGUUGCAGAGCCUUUGAGAAUCUAUUGCAAUAUAUCAAAAUGUCAUGCCCGAAUGAAAAAUAUGGUUGCAGAGAGACAAUAGAUUACAGUCAGAAGACGAAGCAUGAAGAAAAAUGCAUCUAUGUCCCAUGUUAUUGCCCCAUUUCAGGUUGUGAUUUUGUUGCCUCAUCAGAGGUGUUGUCCAACCAUUUCAGCAAUAAACACGAGGAUUCUCAAAUCAAAUUUUCUUAUGGUCAAUCUUUCAUUGUCUCCUUGAAGUCUGAUGAUGAUGCAAUUAUUCUUCAAGAGAAAUAUGAUGGCAAACUAUUUAUUCUCAUUAAUAGUACUAUCACUACGCUUUUGGGGAAUGCAGUCAAUAUUUGCUGCUUUGGUCCAAAUGCUUCCGAGUCCGAGUAUAGUUAUGGUAUCAAGGCCAGGUCUCAGAGAUGCAAACUGAAAUUACACUCUUUUGUAACGAAUGUCCAACAGGUUACUUUAGGAACUCUUUCACCAGAGUUCCUUAUGAUUCCAAAUGGUUCUUCCAAACCUCUCAAGCUAGAAAUUUGCAUAACUUGCACAAACCCCGUGAUGCAAAUCUUCGUAAGGGACUUGAAUGGAAAGAUUAUCACUUUGAAAGUUAAGAGUUUAGACACGAUAUUCAGUGUGAAGGAGCAGAUUCAUGACAAGAAAACAUACCCAGUGCAGGACCAACGAUUGACCUUUUGUUGUAGGCAACUACAUGACAGCAUGACCGUUGCCGAUAACAACAUUCAAAAAGACUCAACCCUCCACCUCACCCUCCGCCUCCUUGGGGACUAGAUUACGCCACACCAUUCUCGAUUACUACAUCCAAGAGCAGGCAACCGUCCACCCCGUUUUCGCGUCGACGACCUUUAUGCCAUAAAGUCUCUGACUUUUGCAUUUCUUAUUAAUGGUUUUACUUUUGUUCUUUUUGUUUUGUCUUGGGCUGUAUGAUAAUUGUUUCUACUAGGGAUGAUUUUCAGCAAUUGAAAAAAUAUAUUUACUUUUCAACACUAGCUGAACUAGCUAGUAACUUAAUUCUCACAUAGAUAGAUACAUGCAGUGACUCGUGCAAUAGAGUCUGAUUUAAUCGAAAA